AUGGCGGAAGGCAACCUCGGCGAAUACCGUAGUUUCUUUGGUUCGCACCCAGAUGGCGCCGUCAGCGCGAUGGGAUGCUUUAUUUGUCGACGUCUUGAACACGCCAUCAAGAGGCCCAACGUCGGCAGCUUCGAGCUCGGCAAGUGCAUCGCGGAUGAUAUUUAUUGCUUUCAUGUCCAAGGCUAUUACAAAUCCGAGGAUGCCAUCGCAGAGGCUCUGGUCAACCUCUCAUAUUGCUUCCCCCGACACCAUGCUGGACAGAAUAUCCUUUCGCGGCCGACGCCAAAUCCCGCGAGGACGAAUUCGAAGAAAAAAGAAUGGACCAACUUCCUCAGCUUCGUCGCAUGCGUGACCGAGUUUCUGGCUAACCCCUUCUUUUCAGACCUUGGCAUGGCCCAGAUAAUCUCAUACUUGGCUUUGCGUCCUCACAUGAAUGAUGUUUCACCGUUGAGCCCGGAACUUGAACUUCUAAAGGCCUCGUCUCAAGUAUGGCUGGAGACGAAUGCUUGCUACUUCUUCACCCGGUUGAAUGACGGCUAUGUACCUUCACGUUUCAUUUACGGCAUGCUCACUAACCGUGCAAUGUCUCGAGUCGCCUCCAAACCAACGCUGGACGAUUUGAAAUUGUAUCUGCAGGAGCACUUCAAGAAGCUGGGUGGAUGGCCGGACCUAUGA